AUGAGUAAAACAACCUUAGAUAAGGUACUCUCAAGAGAAUUCUUGUCAAUUGAUGAUGAAAUGGUUCCGGGAACCAUCUAUCUCGUAGACUUAGAGGGUGUAUUAAACGUCAAGAAAGACGAGGGUGGUGCACAUAACAUUAUCUUGCAGCCACAACCUUCUUCAAACCCCAACGAUCCCUUACGGUGGCCCAAGAAAAAGAAAGUUACGCAGUUUGCAUUGUUGUGGUUCUGGGCCUUCAUGCAAGUCCUCUCCUUGAAUUGGUCGGCCCCUGCCUGGAUGCAAUGGACUGUUGAGUUUAAUUGUACUUUCUUCCAGCUUAGUAUUACAGUUGCACUUGCAUUUCUCUUUUUAGGAUUUGGAUGCCUCUUUUUGCAACCAACUGCAUUAAAGCUCGGCAAAAGAUUUGUUUACUUAAUAUGCACUGUCCUAGUGAUUAUUGCCAACAUAAUUGGAUCUCAAGGAAACACAGUUCAAAUAUUAUACGUGGUAAAAUUGUUUGCAUUUACUGCCUCCCCCGUCGAUUCACUAGUGGAAAUAUCUACAACGGAUGUAUUUUAUCAACACGAAAGAGCUCUGUACUUAUCAAUGAUGGUAAUGUCCAUUUAUGCUGGUACGGCUUUAGGACCAGUUGCAUGUGGGUACAUCAUUGACAAAUACAGCUGGAGAUGGUGUUAUUACAUUCAAAUCAUAAUUUACGGAGUACUUCUUGUGGUGCAAUUGUUCUAUAUGGAAGAUACUACUUUUGCCAGGCUGGAAAGAAUAAAUGUGGAAGAAGAUAUUCUCCAGCAAAUAAAAUCAAGGGAAGAUAUUUUUACAGCAAUCAAAAGUGGGGAUCUUUCACAAGAACAUUCGGAUAAUGACAAGAAAUUAAAAGUUAUUAUUUCCACAGCUGAAGUUGAAGGACAAUCCGAUUCUGAAAUUGAUUCACUUGAUAACACUAUUCCAAAACGGACAUAUUGGCAAAGAAUGCGCUUGAUGGAAACAGAGUACAAUGACCCGCGUACUUGGUUUACUAUCUUUUAUCGGCCAUUCUUCCUAAUCACUUUUCCUGCGGUCAUCUGGGCUGGUAUUAUAUAUGGCUCACAGAUGAUGUGGCUUGCUCUACUAGCAACUACCCAAUCAAAACUCUAUUCCCCACCCCCAUACAGCUUUUCGGCUCCACAGGUUGGAUUAACUAAUUUGAGUUCAUUUAUUGGUUCUGCUAGCGGUAUGCUAUAUAGUGGGCCAUUUGUUGAUUGGAUCACAAUCAAGCUCUCGAAGAGAAAUAAAGGAAUCUUUGAACCAGAAUGCCGUUUAUGGACAAUGAUUAUUCCUACAGUUUUCAAUGCAUGUGGCUUGUUAGCGUAUUCUUUGGGGCCCGUUUAUGGUGCUCAUUGGUUUGUAUCGGUUGGGGUUGGUCAGUUUCUUGUCGGCUUUGCUAUGUCUUCUCAAGCAACGAUUUGCUUGACUUACUGUGUCGAUUCUUACCCAAAACUUGCCAGUGAAGCAUUUGUAUUGAUUCUCUUUGUUAGAAAUAUGAUAGGUUGUGGGUUCACUUUUGCCAUUGACCCGUGGGUAUCAAGAAAUGGCUUAGCUUUGACAACAUGGUUGAUGUUCAUGCUCAGUAUUAUAUUUAAUUCCUCCUUCAUAGUUAUGCUUAAGUGGGGAAAGAAUUUCAGAAGAUUUACGAAGGAAAAGUAUCUUAGGUUGUCAGUCGGAUCUGACUUAUCGAAGAAGUAA